UAUCAAACAUUUACUAGCCUCAACCUCUAUUAUAUUGUCCUUUUCUUCUAAGCAUAUAUACUCUAGCUAGCCUCCCCCUAUUUACAUCGUAUUUGAUGUAAUGAGUACUUGAGAUUGAUUUAUUGAUUUGAAAACACUCAUUUCACCCCAGCUAGCUAUACAGGUUGUAGUGCAUAUACGGAGUAUAUUAAUUAGCCGAGUAGAUUGCAUAAUUUUGCCCUUACUGUACCACGGUAAGAUUACAGAAGCUCAUCAUCAUUCUUUCAACUCAUUUUAUGCUUCUGUGGUUUUGAUUUUUCCUCAUACAUUUCAGCUUUCCUGGUUUCGUCAAGCGGUUAGGGUUCCAUCUAUGUUCUUCUGAUUCUGGAAAUAUGAAUUUCAAGUUUGAUUACUUAUUCUGAUCACUUUUUUUUUGUUAGAAUAUAAGUUUACAAAUAUGCCCUGAACAUUUGGUUGAGCUGAUUCUUUAGCAAAAGUUCACAAGUUCGAAUCUCACUGUUACUCGUUCUAGAAAGUAAUUGUGUUGAUCAAAACAGAAGAAAAAAAUGUUUCUGAUCUGAACAGAAAGUAUUGAACUGAAGGGAAAGUUGAGCUAGAUUUGGUGUGAUGUGUGAAAAUCUGAGUAAAUAAAAUGUUACUUUUAUCUUGCUUGAAUGUUACAACCCGAGUAAAAAGAUUUGUGUUUGCCUGAAUGUUAUAUACAUAUGCAAAGUAUCAAAUAAGAAAUAGAAUCAAGCUGCAGUAACUCCACAUUUUUUACCUCAUGCUUUGCACAGAGACCUGUAAUUAUUGUCUAUGGGUGUCUGUGCAAAACAUGGGGUCAAAAAUGUGGGGUUACCCUAGCACAAGCCUAAAAAAUAUAUAAGAAUGGUGUUUGUCUUUGUAGCCAAUAUGCAAAAAGGAAUUCAAGCAGUUUUUUCUCAUGGGAGUGUCCUCAAGAUGGCGGUCUUAAGACAUGCCCGUUUGGGCAAUCCGAUGGCGAAUCAGCUCGUGUUUGCCCGUCGCGAGUCAACAACUUCAGCUGUCCGCAUGGAAGAGCACGGGUUUGAAAGCACCACCAUCUCUGACGUCUUGAAAUCUAAGGGCAAAGGUGCAGAUGGGUCAUGGCUGUGGUGCACCACAGAGGAUUCGGUCUAUGACGCCGUGAAGUCGAUGACUCACCACAAUGUAGGAGCAUUGGUGGUGGUGAAACCCGGGGAAGAGAAAUCAAUUGCUGGGAUUAUCACCGAAAGAGAUUACCUCAGGAAAAUCAUAGUACAAGGGAGAUCAUCAAAAUCCACAAAGGUUGGAGACAUUAUGACUGAAGAGAAUAAGCUCAUCACUGUCACGCCCCACACCAAGGUUCUGAAGGCCAUGCAGCUGAUGACAGAGAACCGUAUUAGGCACAUCCCGGUCAUUGAUGACUCAGCGAUGGUGGGGAUGGUGUCCAUUGGAGACGUGGUUCGUGCCGUGGUGAGCGAGCACAGGAACGAGCUGAACCGACUCAAUGAGUUCAUUCAAGGAGGCUACUAGCUAUCUAGCUAGCUAGUACUUGUUGUUGUUGAUGAUGAUGACGAUAAUAGAUCCCAAAUAAACCAACCAUGAUGAGAUAAAACCAAUAACAAUAAUGCUUUGGAGUUUGCUGCAACUCAGGCUGCAUAAUGAAUGGCUGGCUCUUUGUAAAUAGUGUGGCUGUGAACUUUUUUCCCAGAACUUCUACAUUAGCAUCCUAUUUUCUUUCUUCAAUGUGUAUGCGUUGUGCUGCUUUUUAUUUUUGUUACUCGUUUGAUAAAAUAAUAGAAUCAUGUCAUUUUUUGUUUUUUAGAACUCUUGGUACAGUUUUUUUUGUAACUUCGUCCCUCCCGAAUUUAUCGUCCUAUUUACUAUCCCAAC